GGGUGUGUCCCUGUAAAAGCAGCAGGUACUGCCGCAUUUUCGUCUCUGUCUCUGCUGGAAAGACUUGAACCGUCCGGGAUGGAUCUGUUCGCCUUUAAGACGCUUCUGCUUCUGCUCUCUUUUAUUGGACGCGGUGAUGGGAACAUCCUGCCAGAUGGUCCAGUGGACGCGAGUUUGGGGAAAGAUGUGACUUUAAAGACCAUGUUCGACAAAGCAGAAUACAUAAUCAUACUGUGGAAUUACAGCGACGGGACCGACCAGGUGAACGUGGCUACAGUGAGCGCGGGAGGGGUCAAAGUGGCCGCGCCGUACGAGGGCAGAGUGACGGUGAACACCACCAAUGGAUACCUGACCAUCACCGGCCUGAAGUCUGAGGACAGCGGGGACUACAGCAUCUCCCUGGUCACACCUGAAUCCAUCACCAAGACCGGGGAGACCAAGCUCCGGGUCCUGGAGCCCGUGUCUGACGUGAAAAUCAAAUCCAGCCUGCCCGAGGCCCUCGAGCACAACAGCACGGUGGACCUGACCUGCUCCGCUAAGGGCUCCUUCCUCAAGUUCACCUGGCUGAGGGGCGCCACGCCCAUCACCAUCGACGGGAAGAGACUCUCAGUGAAAGAGGAGGAGCUGUCCAGCAUGCUGACGGUCAGAGACGUCCUCCGGAGCGACUUCGCUGCUCCCAUCUUCUGCACCGUCUCCAACAAGCUGGACACGGAGAAGAGCGCCGCCUUCAACCUCACCGUCUUCUACGGACCGGAGAAGAUCAAAAUCACUCCCGACAAAACCGCCAAGUUCCUGCGAGCCAAAUCCAACUUCAACCUGACGUGCUCGGCGAUCUCCAACCCGGCCGCCACCUUCAACUGGUACCACGGAGCGCUGCCGCUGGAGGUGGCGGGCCCCGUCCUCACGCUGGAGAUGAUCGAGAAACUGAAGCUCGGGAAGCAGGCGGAGGACUACACCUGCAGGGCCACCAACGCCAAGACGCUGCGCACCAUCGCCUCCCCCGCCGUCUCCUUCGCCGUCAUGGAGGCGAUCUCCGGGGCUAAAGUCACGGGUCCGGGCUCCGCCGGUCCGCCCGUCACGCUCAUCGCCGGUAACAGCACGGCCAACCUCAGCUGCAAGGCGACGGCCGGCACGGUGAAGACCACCGUCUGGCUGAAAGACGGCAAACCUCUGACCACCAGCAGCCGCACGCUGGUCUCCGCAGACAAGAGCUCGGUGACCAUCAACCCGCUGCAGAAGGACGACAAUGGCGUGUACGAGUGUCAGCUGUCCAACCCCGUCAACACCGAGAAGGCCUCCUACAAGAUGGUCGUCAACUACGGUCCUGAACCCGUGGUGCUGGAAGGCGACAAGGCCGUGGAGAUGAACGACCACGUGACUCUCACCUGCAGCGCCGCCUCCAUGCCUCCCGCCAACUUCACCUGGAAGUUUAACGGCACGUUGAUGGCUGACGUCAAAACGUCCCAGUACAAGAUCGAGAUGGCUCGCUUCAAGAACAGCGGCACGUACAUGUGUGAGGCGUUCAACCCCGUCACCGGCAAACGCACCUCGUCCACCCACGUCCUCGCCGUCAAAGAGGAGGGAGAGCUGGACGGCCUGUCAGACGGAGCCAUCGCUGGGAUCGUCAUCGCCGUCCUUGUGGCUCUCGGCGCCGCCAUCGGCCUGAUCAUGUACUGCCGACAGAAAGUACCGGUCGAGUCUCCGUACUAAAGAAGUUCCUGCUCGCUGCUGGAGAUGCCGGCCUGAAACAUCUGACCAUUCUGCUUCCUACCAUCGAUCUGUGCAGCCGGAGGAGCGACCGCCUGGAUCCAGCUGGUUUCCAGUGAAGCCCUCGCCAAUCCAGACUUCCCAUCAUCCCUCUCUCUCUC